AUGUCUACACACAGUAUUCAAGACGAGGCCGAGGCCGAUAGAGCUCAGAUGAUGAAAAAGAUUCUUAGUGCUGCAUUUUAUGCACUGGCUUCAUUUAUGAUAACAGUUGUUAAUAAAACUGUGCUAACAACUUAUGCUUUCCCAUCCUAUCAAGUGUUAGGAUUGGGGCAGAUGGCGGCGACGAUAUUAGUAUUGUGGAGCGGCAGACACCUGCAAUUAGUACAAUUCCCGCCAUUGGACAGUGGAGUAGCACGUCGUAUUUGGCCUUUACCAAUUAUCUAUUUAGGUAACAUGGCCACUGGACUUGGCGGCACAAAGGAACUCAGUUUGCCCAUGUUUACAGCUCUGAGACGAUUUAGUAUUUUAAUGACAAUGUUGGGUGAAAGAUUUGUCCUUGGUGUCAGAGCAUCCUGGCCUGUACAAGCAAGUGUCCUGGCCAUGGUUGGGGGUGCCUUGCUGGCUGCUGCAGAUGAUGUUACAUUCUCAGUAGCGGGGUACACACUUGUAUUACUAAAUGAUGCUUUUACUGCAGCUAAUGGCGUGUACAUGAAGAAAAAAUUAGAUUCUAAGGAACUUGGAAAGUAUGGACUAAUGUACUAUAAUGCCCUAUUUAUGAUUAUACCUGCGGCAAUAGUUGCCUGGUGCAUGGGAGAUUUAGAACGCUCAGUGGCAUACCCACACUGGAAUGAUUUAUUAUUUCUAGUGCAAUUUUUAAUGUCAUGUGUGAUGGGAUUUGUUUUAUCAUAUAGUGUCAUGUUGUGUACUCAGUACAAUAGUGCCUUAACAACCACUAUCAUUGGAUGCCUUAAGAAUAUUUUAGUGACAUAUUUGGGAAUGGUAAUAGGUGGAGACUAUGUAUUUUCAUGGCUCAAUUUCAUAGGAUUGAAUAUUAGUGUGUUUGCAAGUCUCCUCUAUACAUAUGUCACAUUCAAGCGUAAACCCACUCCUAGUUAUGUACUUGUAAACAAUGCAAAGAUUGAUACUGUAUAG